UAUAUGUUAACUACUUUCAUUUUUCUUAAAACAAUUCUCUUCUCUUAUAACUAAUAAAUCAUUUGCAGUGGAAAAUAAUGCAGCCGAGGAACUUAAAGAAAAAUAUUAUAAUAAUUGUAAAUAAAUAAUUAUUACUGUCUCCUGACCUCCUGCCCUCUGGCAACAUUUAAAUGCUCAUUUCCCUGACACUUCGCAAAACUUGCUACCAAGCAACCGCCAUCUCUCUCCCUCCGUCAAAAUCUACCGCCAAAUCCCCAAAAAGGACCGACGCCACCGCCCACGGAAGAAACCACUGCUACCGGCGGCGUCAGCGGCGACUCAAAUGUGAACUAAUCCACCAUAGAGAGAAUUAAUUUUGAAGUAGAAAACCGAUGUCUCCGCAGAGACGAUCCUCGCCGAUCUCAGCACCUCCGGCGGCGAGUCCCGCCAGCAGCGAUCUCAAGCAACGAGUCAUAGCCUGCCUGAACAAGCUCUCCGACCGGGACACCCUCGCCGUCGCCACGGCCGAGCUCGAGUCGAUCGCUCAGAGCUUGACUCACGACUCGUUUUCUCCGUUCCUCAACUGUAUCCACAACACCGAUUCCACCUCCAAAUCUCCCGUCCGAAGGCAAUGCGUCGGCCUGUUAACUCUCCUCUCCCACUCCCACGGGAACUCGCUGUCUCCUCACCUCUCCAAGAUGGUGUCCACCGUCGUCCGCCGCCUCCGGGACCCGGACUCAGCCGUCCGGUCGGCCUGCGUCGAGGCCGCCGCCGCCAUGUCGUCUCAGAUCACGCAGCCUCCCUUCGCCGCCGUCUCGAAGCCGCUGAUAGAGAUGCUGACGGUGGAGCAAGAUCCGAACUCUCAGAUCGGAGCCGCGAUGUGCCUGGCGGCGGCGAUCGAGGCGGCGCCGGAGCCGGGAGUUGAGCAGCUGAGGAAGGUGCUGCCGAGGCUUUGCAAGCUGGUGAAGGGAGAAGGAUUCAAGCCCAAAGCCGCGUUGUUGAGCGUGAUUGGGAAUAUUGUGGGCGUCGGAGGCGCAGCGAGUAAGAGCGUUUUGGAUUGGUUGGUUCCCUGUUUGGUUGACCUAUUGAGCUCUGAAGAUUGGGCGGCCAGGAAGGCUGCUGCCGAGGCACUGGGGAAGAUAGCAGUUGCGGAGAAAGAAGCAGCCAAGGAUCAUAGAACUUCGUGUUUGUUCUCUUUGGAGAACAGGAGGUUUGAUAAGGUAAAGCUUGUUCGAGAGACUAUGAACCGUGCCCUGGACUUGUGGAAGGAGGUAGAGGGUGGUUCUGGCCAAGAGAUUUCAGUUUCAAGUCUCUCUACAUCUUCUUCAGGAGGAGAUAAUGGUAAUGGCGGAUGCAUCAGAAGUUCUACCAACGUUGGCUAUAAAACACCCUCUCCUUCAUCAAGGAAGUCUUUCCCACCGCCCAAUAGGUCCCCUCCAUCGGAUGCUUCUUCGGUGGUGACCACAGCCAAGAAGCAAAGCCCUGUGAAGAGUAAUGACAGCAAUUCAAGGCCGGCAAUGCUUCAGAAGGUGGACCACAUGAGGCCUUCUUCCAAUUGGAAAACUGAAGUUGCUGUACCAGCACAAGAUAAGCCCUGUGAGGAUGACAUCAAGUUACAAGCUCCAAAGGUCCUGAAAUCGGCUGAUGAAGUUAGGAAUGGGGGCUCGAGCCCAGAAACAAAGCGGGUGCUCUUCAGCAGCAGCAGCAGCAACCGCGUUGCUCAUCACAAACCUCACAAAUUUGGUGGGUUCGGAUCUGGGUCGAGGGUGGUUCCUUAUGACUACGAUGAGGAAGGUGAUGAUGAAAUGUGUUACGCAGCCAAAGGAGGAACCGGGUUGAACAAUCCUGCUGAAGGUAUGUAUGAGAAUCCCAAAGAGAUGGAGGAUCUGUCCUUGAUACGUCAACAACUUGUUCAGAUUGAAACCCAGCAAUCCAAUCUUUUGGACCUUCUCCAGAGUUUCAUGGGGAGCUCCCAGAGUGGGAUAAACUCUUUGGAGACGAGAGUGCAUGGUCUGGAAAUGGCAUUGAAUGAAAUAUCACACGACUUGGCUGUAUCAAGAGGAAGGAUACCUGAAACCAGCCCAGCCGAUAAUAAGGCAUGCUGCAAGCUCCCUGGGACAGAAUUUUUUAGUUCGAAGUUAUGGCGAAGAACGGAUGGCGGUCAGUACUCUGCACCUUCAAGGUUCCCUUCGUCGGGCAUCACGCAGUCGCGAAACAGCCUGUGGACUGGCGGGCCUUAUCUCCCCGAGGGCAGAAGAUUUCAGCAGAGACAUAGUAGCAGCAGCAGCAGCAGCAGCAGCAAAGGUGGUUUUGUUUUGGAAGACGUUCAUAGUACUGGCAGGGGCAACUUUGCAGGCCUUUCUCCAAGACAAGUGUCAAGUAAACUAUUUCAAGAUGAAGCGAGUAAUCAAAGAGCAGGUCUCUGAAACACCGUAGCUCCGCCACUUGCGUCGUGCUAUGACCAAAAUCUCGUCCAGGAGGUUUACUGCUGAAUCAAAAUCGUAGAUGAGCGUCGCAUUGGAAAGAAGAUUUGAAGAUGAUAGACAAGAUGGAUCGAUCACGGGAACCUAUUAGUUAAAAACAGAAGGUGGAUUGGAUCUACCACAGAAUGGACACCUCUGGCCUAGAGACGCAUGUUCCUCUUUGUAGCUCCCCAAUCAUAACCUUCUUCUGCCAUGUUUUCAAAAAGUUGGUUCAUCUGAGGCGGAAUUUUGCUCAGCAUACCCCCUUGGCAGAAAGAGUUGGUUGAUCAACUUCAGUCUUUAUGAAGAUGGCAUGGCAUAAAUUUCUCACAUUGAAUUAGUCAUUGAACCCAUGGCGGGGGCACUUGAGAAACAAGUCGGAGUAUCUCUCCCAAACAUUUAGAAGAGUCUCAUCCUCCUCCUGCUUUUGCAGAUCCGCAGUCUUGGCCGGGGGAUGAUAGCGAACGAUAAAGUUGUUGACCAGAUUAACCCAAGAGGAAUUGACUCUGGUGCAUGGUUCUCCAACCAUGACUUAGCCCUCCCCUCCAGAGAGAUAGGGAAGUAGCGAAGCCGGAUCACCUCCUGAGGUAGAUUUUGAUCUUGUCGAUCAGCUCGUGGAAACGAUUGAGAUGCUCUCGUGGGCAUUCACCAUCCAGCCAUCAAAGACCAUCAAGGUCUUUAGCAUCUGGUUCACAGAAGUUUUCACCUCAAAGUUGUUUGCAGCAACUUUAAGGUGUUGAAUACUCAGUCUGAGGUCCUCGGACCAAGGACUCAGUAUUACAUGCAAAAGUUCAUACAAACAAGAUUCCUAACACAUGAAAAUAGAGUUCUUCAUACCCAAGUGAGAAGGAGGUUUACUCUAGAUAGAUAGACUGACAGACAGAGAGAGAGAAUGAGAGGAAAACCAAAAUCAAAGUAGUCAUACUCAUGUUGAUGUGUACAAUCUGCUAUGGGAUGUCAAUCUUUACUCCUUGGUAUGAUAUCUGGGCUUCAAUGGUG